AUGGAGCGAAUUUCUGAGUGUCCUCUGACCCCCUUGCACGGUAUUACUGUCCGCAAAUAUGAUAUAUUUGGAAAAAUGAUUCCCUGCAAGUGUGGAUAUCAUGAGUCAGCAGAAAAGGCAGGGACAGAAGCUGCCAGUUCAGGACAGCUGAGUGCCCCACAGGCCAGUGCAGCAGCUGGAAGAGCGCUAGAUCCACAGACAAGCACAGGUGCAGCAGCAGGAUCAGCUGGAAGAGCGCUAGAUCCACAGACAAGCACAGGUGCAGCAGCAGGAUCAGCUGGAAGAGCGCUAGAUCCACAGACAAGCACAGGUGCAGCAGCAGGAUCAGCUGGAAGAGCACUAGAUCCACAGACAAGCACAGGUGCAGCAGCUGAAAAAGCUACAGGUUCACAAGGCAGUGCAGGUGCAGGUCAGAAAACUCCAGUUCUGUUCAGGAUUAGUGAGACGAAGUCUGUCACGUGCUCUCUGUGUAGCUUGGAGGUGAUAAGUGAGGAAUACACUCAGCACCUGUCAGACUACCAUGUCCAGGAGCAAUGUGAGAAGUGUGGUGCAAAGGCCUGGGGGACUGUUGGAUUGUUACAGCACAUAGAGAGUGCUCAUCUUAUGAGCUAUCAAACAAAUGUCUCAGAUGUUCCCACUCCAAUUUCUCCAACAGCCCAAGAGACAUCACCGGCACCUCAGCGACACAGUGGUCCACCAGUUAUUCCUCCGCCUGCUCCUACCAUAGUCCAAGAGACAUCACCGGCACCUCAGCGACACAGUGGUCCACCAGUUAUUCCUCCGCCUGCUCCUACCAUAGUCCAAGAGACAUCACCGGCACCUCAGCGACACAGUGGUCCACCAGUUAUUCCUCCUCCUGCUCCUACCAUAGUCCAAGAGACAUCACCAGUACAACAACAGCUCUCGCUGCGGCCCCCAGAGGUGAACUGGAUCACAAAAAAACUGGCAGGUGGCAUUGAGAACACAGCCACAUGGAUGACCAAUAUUGGCAACGAAUUUGGCCAAGUUCUGAACUCUGUGCUGACCACUGGUGAGGGGUCUGGCCUUGAUGACCUGUGUCAAGGCAUUGUUCAGAGAUACAGGGAUGCUGGUGAACCAGAGCCAGAUGCCAUUUAUGUGGACAGAGAUUGCUGCAGUGAGACAGGUGUGAGUCCAGUUCUAUAUUGGUUUCGUCCUUGGACGUCCAAAGUGAGACUGGAUGUGUUUCAUUUCAUGAGGCGCUUCACCCGUGGCCUUAUCACUGAGCACCAUCCGCUGUAUGGCACGUUCUGCUCCAAGCUGUCCAGCUGCAUAUUUGAAUGGGACAGAAGUGACAUUCAGCGCCUCAAACAGGCUAAGAGGGAGCAGCUAAUCAAGAAAAAUCCGGGUCACACACCCAGUGACAAUCAGGUCUUAUCCAGCAUCACAUCGAGUGAACUAGCCAAGCACUGUCGUAGGAGAACCCGAGGGGUUGAGGAGACCCGUGCCCUCAUUCAGCAACUGCUGGACUCCAUGUGGGAACUGACAGACACAACAGGUUUACCUUUAAUAAAUCAAGAGAGCAUGUCUCAUGUGUGGGAGAUACAGCAGAAGCACUUGCCCUGCAUUCAGGACCCACCUGGUGUACAGCUGUACACAAACACCGGAACUGGGUUGGAGAAGGGAGACAAAGAACUUGAUGUCCUGAGAUGUGGUAGAGGGUCCUCCUCUCUCGAGAGUUUUCAUAAGCACCAGUGUAGUUUUAUUCCAGGGUGGCGGUGUAAUGCUUUACACACUCAGAUGUACAUGCUUGAGGGGGUGUCCAGAUGGAACAUCAAUAGAUCUCAGCAAGCUCUCAACAUGAACAGGACAUCUCAAACAAAAAUCUAUGAUGUACGUCUGAUGUCCAAUGUAAACACACUGAGCAACAGAGUCCUGGGAAGUGCGCUUUUGCCAGAAUUUAUACCCCCAGGGAAACCUACCGGUGAGCGCAUUGCUGUGGAAUAUUUGCUGGCACAAUCUAACAGGGGAGAUCUGCUGAGUGGGCAGAAUGAAAUCAUUAUGCCAGAGAUGUUAGAGGAAGUCCAGCAGGAUGAAGAUCCUGAUGCCACAAUACCUCGGGCUACUGACAUCACAUUCCAGUCUUCAUCACAGGAAUCUACACUUGUCAGUGAUGUUUCUUCCAGUCCAGUCAGCUCCCCAUUUGAGGAAAGCCUGCCUAUGACAACUCCAGAAAAGACUCCGGAUAGUCGAUGUGAUCCUAGAGGAAUUCCUGGAUGGGAGGCAGUUGACGACCUGGCAGGGUACCUUGUUAAUCUCAACCGUACAAUAACAGCUCUGUCCAAUGCUGAAAAAACAGAGAUAUUAAGGUUGUACUCUUGCCUGGAUGCGACUGACAAGUCUCCAACCAAAUACUCUCUGAAAACCAAAAAGACGACCUUGACCGGGCCAUGGAGAGCUUCGAGGAAGCGCAGUGGCUCUGCUCCAGGCCAGCAAGCAGCAGAGAGAUUGUUCAUGGUUCAUGGCCAGGCUGCCCAUAGACCUGAUUUUAACAGGAUUUCAGAGUGUGUUGCACUCAGACUCUACAAAGAGUUCAAGGAAGCCAGAAACAGGCCAAAGGACAAUAAAGGCAAAACAUUUGCAAUCCCGCAGUCUAUUGUCAUGGCCUAUAGUCAUAUUAAACAGCUGAUUGAGGACUGCAAAGAAAUACUGGACAACAGCAACCUGGUUCUAGUAACAAUUAACAAUACAACAGUGUCCUCCUGGUUGCAGGAUCGGCAGAAGAGAAUGGACCGUGAUUCUUUGCUUCAAGGGGUGCAGCUUCCUCAACAGGUUGAUUUGGCAACGGAAUCCCUCCUGGAAGCCCAGGACCUGCCAUCUGAGCCUGUUCAGCAUGGCCAUAAACCUAUGGAAUUCCCAGAACCUGAAAACCUAGAGGGCGAAGCAAUGAUUCGGCCACGCCGCGGUGGCAGAAAACAGGUUUUAAAAUCCCACAGUGAUACAUCUUAUUCUCAGGACUGGAGCUCCUUCCAGCCACCGUCAGCUCAGGAAUCUCAGGGCUGGUCCUCCUUCCAGCCACCGUCAACUCAGGCAUCUCAGGGCUGGUCCUCGUUCCAGCCACCGUCAGCUGCAACAUCUCAGGGCUGGUCCUCAUUCCAGCCACCGUCAGCUGCAACAUCUCAGGGCUGGUCCUCAUUCCAGCCACCGUCAGCUGCAACAUCUCAGGGCUGGUCCUCAUUCCAGCCACCGUCAGCUGCAACAUCUCAGGGCUGGUCCUCAUUCCAGCCACCGUCAGCUGCAACAUCUCAGGGCUGGUCCUCAUUCCAGCCACCGUCAGCUGCAACAUCUCAGGGCUGGUCCUCAUUCCAGCCACCGUCAGCUGCAACAUCUCAGGGCUGGUCCUCAUUCCAGCCACCGUCAGCUGCAACAUCUCAGGGCUGGUCGUCCUUCCAGCCACCGUCAGCUCCAGCUUCUCAGGGUUGGUUGCCAUCCCAGUUGCCACCAGUGCCAGCAUCACACUCUCAGGGUGAUCAGCCUGAUCAGCAGCCACCUAAUCCAAUUCAGCCAGCCACAGCACAAACUGUCCACAAUCGGUUCAGAGAAUGGCGAUUGCGAAAGGCAGCCGUUGAGGAUCAGGAGCGAGAAAUGAGAGGUGAGACCCCAAAAAAGCGGCAAACUAAAGAGAGUUACCACUAUCAGUGCAAAGUGUGUGGUAAGGCAAAGAGCAAAAUUACUGGCCAUACACAGCUACGGGGAAAAUGGUACUGUCCUUCAUCUGGACAGACCAUCACAGAGUGGAAAAAUUCACUCUGAAACUGUAUGGGCAUAUGUAAAAAAUUUUGUUGAAAUAAUGUAGAUAUUUGUUGUGAUUUAUGUGUGAAAAGUAUUUCUUUUCCUUAAGAGCUAAUACUGUCUUAAGUUUUUAGACAAAAGGAUAUAUUAUUUGCAAGUUGGCAACAUGUGCAAAUAUAAUUCUACAAAGA